AUGCGAGUCAACGAUGAAAAAAAGGUCGUUGUAGAACUGCCCUGUAUGCCCCGAAUACCAAUACUUUACUACUUCAUUCUCACAUUAAUUUCCUUCUCGAGCACGUCUUCGGGGGGAACUUCACGCCAGGUCAGGUAUGCAGAUUCAGGCCCUCGGCCGCCGCAAAAUGUUGGCACACUCCGCAAUCAUUCUCCACGCGCCGUUUUCUGCCGCACGUCAGAACCUUCUUGCAGAAAGUACCAAGACCUAAAGCUCUACAUCAAGCCAUUCCGCUGUACCCUGCCGCCAGCGCCACCGCCACCGUUGUCCACUCCGGAUCCGGUUGGCUUGGUGCUGUGUGUCAACAAGUUCAGCCAGUGGGCCAUCCCCAACUGCCUUCGUUUCGUCACCAUGUGGGAUAAAUACAGCUGCGCGUCAGUCAUAACCGCUAAUGCUGCCACGCUGCCGUACGGCCUCGACGAUCUGGCCUACUGCAAUACAGGUAAGGCCUCCUGGGCCUUCCUGGUACAGUUUGGCGGAGAUUGGGGUCUGGGUGGAUGGGUGCGGGCUGCUCUGCUGCCCCCUAAAAGAUGGAGUUCAAUCAUCUGUCCAUUACAUUUCAUCGAUCUAGUGGGCACGGGCCUGAACUGUGACUACCUGCUACGAGGAAUGAUCGUCUGCGUCUCCUGCUACUAG